CGCAGCGGGGUAACCAUGUCGGGCGGGCGCCUGCGGGGCUCGGUCCUGCUGUCACUCCUCAUCCUGCUGCUAGCCGCGACUGGCCUCUCGGGCGACGACGGGAGAGCCGUCUGGUCCAAGAAUCCUUCUUUGAGUCCGGUGAAUGAAAGCCAGCUGUUUCUCUAUGACACAUUCCCUGAAAACUUUUUCUGGGGUGUGGGGACCGGAGCGUUUCAGGUGGAAGGGAGUUGCAAGGAGGAUGCAAAAGGACCCUCUAUAUGGGACCAGUUCGUCGCCACUCACCUGAACGUCAGUGGCGUCAAUGGCUCCACUGACAGCUGCCUUUUUCUAGAGAAGGACUUAGGGGCGCUGGACUUCUUAGGAGUCUCUUUUUACCAAUUUUCCAUUUCCUGGCCAAGGCUCUUCCCGGAUGGUACGGUGGCAGCGGCCAACGCCAAAGGUCUACAGUACUAUAACGCCCUCCUGGACGCCUUGGUGCUUCGAAACAUUGAACCCGUGGUGACCCUCUACCAUUGGGACCUGCCUUGGACACUGCAAGAAAAGUAUGGGGGGUGGAAAAACGAUACCGUGGUCGAACUCUUCAAUGAGUAUGCCACAUACUGCUUCCAGACGUUUGGGGACCGCGUCAAGUACUGGAUUACCAUCCACAACCCCUAUCUGAUGGCUUGGCAUGGAUAUGGGACAGGUACGCACGCUCCGGGAGAGAAGGGGAACGUGGCAACUGUCUACGCUGUGGGACACAAUCUGAUCAAGGCUCAUGCAAAAGUUUGGCACAACUACAACAAGCAUUUCCGCCCACAUCAGAAGGGUUGGUUAUCCAUCACAUUGGGAUCCCACUGGAUUGAGCCCAACAGAUCAGAAAACGUCAUGGAUAUUCUGAAGUGCCAGCAAUCCAUGGUCUCUGUGCUAGGAUGGUUUGCCAGCCCGAUCCAUGGGAACGGUGACUACCCAGAGAUCAUGAAAAGAAAGUUGCAGUCCGUUCUACCUGUAUUUUCAGAAGCAGAGAAGAACGAGGUGAGAAGCACGGCAGAUUUCUUUGCCUUUUCCUUUGGGCCCAACAACUUCAAGCCCUUAAACACCAUGGCUAAAAUGGGGCAGAAUGUGUCACUCAACUUAAGACAAGUGCUGAACUGGAUUAAACUGGAAUACGGCAACCCUCGGAUCUUGAUCACCGAGAAUGGCUGGUUCACGGACAGUUAUGUGAAGACAGAAGACACUACAGCUAUGUACAUGAUGAAGAAUUUCCUCAACCAGGUUCUUCAAGCAAUCAGGCUAGAUGACAUCCCCGUGUUUGGCUAUACAGCCUGGUCUCUCCUGGAUGGCUUUGAGUGGCAGGACGCUUACAACAGCCGCCGCGGCCUGUUCUAUGUGGAUUUCCACAGUGAAGAAAAAGAAAGAAAACCCAAGUCCUCAGCCCACUACUACAAACAGAUCAUUCAAGAAAAUGGGUUCACUUUCAAAGAGUCCACCCCCGACAUGCAGGGUCAGUUCCCCUGUGACUUCUCCUGGGGCAUCACGGAGGCAGUUCUGAAGCCUGAGUCGGUGGCUUCCUCCCCGCAGUUCAGCGAUCCUCACCUGUACGUGUGGAACGCCACCGGCAACCGGCUGCUGCACCGCGUGGAAGGGGUGAAGCUGAAAACACGGCCGGCUCAGUGCACUGACUUCGUCUCCAUCAAGAAACAGCUCGAGAUGCUGGCCAGAAUGAAAGUCACUCACUACCGCUUUGCUCUUGACUGGGCCUCGGUGCUCCCCACGGGCAACCUGUCCGAGGCGAACCGACAAGCCCUGCGCUACUACAGAUGUGUGGUCACCGAGGGGCUCAAGCUCAACAUCUCCGCCAUGGUCACGCUGUACUACCCGACCCAUGCCCACCUGGGUCUGCCGGCGCCUCUGCAGCACCGAGGGGGCUGGCUGCACCCGUCCACGGCCCAGGCUUUCCGGGACUACGCGGGGCUAUGCUUUCAGGAACUGGGGGACCUGGUGAAACUCUGGAUCACCAUCAACGAGCCCAACCGGCUGAGCGACAUCUACAACCGCACCAGUAACGACACCUACCAGGCUGCCCACCACCUGCUGAUCGCGCACGUGCUCGCGUGGCACCUGUACGACCGCCAGUACCGGCCGUCGCAGCGCGGGGCGCUGUCCCUGUCCCUGCACUCGGACUGGGCCGAGCCGGCUAACCCCUACAGUGCCUCGCACCGGCUGGCGGCUGAGCGCUUCUUGCAGUUCGAGAUCGGGUGGUUCGCCGAGCCGCUCUUCAAGACGGGUGACUACCCGGCGGCCAUGAGGGAGUACCUUGCGGCCAAGAACCAGCUGGGACUCUCCAGCUCGGCGCUGCCCCGCUUCAGCGACGCCGAGCAGCGACUGGUCCGCGGCGCCGCCGACUUUUAUGCCCUCAACCACUUCACCACCAGGUUCGUGAUGCACGAACAGCAGAGCGGCAGCCGCUACGACUCGGACAGGGACGUGCAGUUCCUGCAGGACAUCACCCGCCUGGCCUCGCCCAGUCGCCUGGCCGUCAUGCCAUGGGGCCAGCGCAAGCUGCUCCGCUGGAUCCGCAGCAACUACGGAGACCUGGACGUGUACAUCACAGCCAACGGUAUUGACGACCAGGCUCUGCAGAACGACCAGCUCCGCCAGUACUACCUGGAGAAGCACGUUCAGGAGGCUCUGAAAGCAUACCUGAUUGACAAAGUCAAAAUCAAAGGCUAUUAUGCAUUCAAACUGACUGAAGAAAAAUCCAAGCCCAGAUUUGGGUUCUUCACAUCUGAUUUCAAAGCCAAGUCCUCCAUAGAGGUCUACAACAAGCUCAUCGCCAGCGGCGGCUUCCCUGUGGAGAACAGUCCUCCUGGGUGCGACCAGAUGCCAAGGCACACCGAGUGCACGCUCUGCUUCUUCCUCCUGCAGAAGAAGCCGCUGAUAUUCUUCAGCUGUUGCUUCUUCUCCACCCUGGUUCUGCUGCUAUCAAUCACCAUGUUUCACAGAUGGAAGAGACGGAAAUUUUGGAAAAGAAAGGACUUGCAACACAUACCAUUAAAAACAGGCCACAAGAGAGUUCUUAGCUAGAGUGAUCAUAUUCCUC